AUGCUGAGAAUCUUUGGGCCUUUGGAUGCAGAGCCUGACCUGGAGGAUUUGCUAGAUGCUGAGAUCGAGGUCAAGGAUUCUGCUGGUGCACCGCCCAAACGCACUACCCAGCGCACUCUUGAUGACUUGUUUCGGGGAAAGCCGAAAGCGAAGCCAAGUUCUUCCCGCCAAACUGCUGGUUCCCAUGGCAGUGGCAAUGCUUCUUCGUCCAGCCAUGGUUUUGAUUUUGAGAGAGCCCUCCGUGGUUUGUCUACUUCAGGCACUACAAAGACACCGAAGUCUCACAGCAAUGAGGCCACAAAUGGCAACAUCAGUGGGUCGGCAGAAGGUCCCGGUGACUCCUUGCUGGUCAUGGAAAGUGAGGACUCGAUCACGAUCUACUUUGGCAAUGACAUGCUAGACCGUCACUACGCCCCAGAUGAGUGA